AUGGCGAAGGCGACAGAGGUCGGUGCGCUUUUGGAAAGCACGGCGUCGCGGCUCAAGGAGGAGGUGGCGGACGAGAAAGACGGGCAGCAGCGAAGGCUGCGGUCUCAUACACGACAGACCGACAACAACAGCAGCAGUGCCAGCCGGACAAGCAGCACCAGCAGCACCAGCAGCGGCCGCGAAACGACAUGCCAGCUUUCGGCGCCGGCGUCUGGCGCGUCGUCGCGGCGUCAUUCGUUUCACUCACACUCGAAAAAGUCUUCGCUGGACCCUGAGUCUAUUGAGGAGCUCGUGUUGCUCAAGCUCGACUUAUUUCUCAGUCAUCUCGAGCAAAGACUCGAGGCCCUCGAGUCCUACGGCGCAGGCACACUCACGCGUCUGGACGAGUCAUUAAACAACGCGCAUGAGACUCUGGUCUCUGUACGGGAGGCGUGCGGCCGGCUGCUGAACGGGGGCGAAGUGAUUGGCGAGAGCUGGCGAAGGGGCGAGGCGGUUGUGGCUAUUCUUGAGAAGCGGUAUACCGAGUCGUGGGUGUCGAAGGGCUCACUUCCGAGCUCGGUGGCGGCCGGCAUGCGGUUUUUGGAGCAGAAGCUGACGGACCUGGAGGCGCAGUGCUACUCGACUGUCCACGCGAUUGACUCGAAGCUGAGCGAGGGUGUGAACGUGUUUGACCGCAGUAUCGAGGCCGCGCUCAAGAUUGCGCGGUAUCGAUUAAUCACGUACGAAGAGCUUCCGCUGCAGUGGCGCGACAACCCGUAUAUCUGCCGCGGGUACCGGUUCUGCGCUACCUACACCGAGUGUAUACUGAGCAUGUUCAAGAUCCACAACGAGACCUGUAAUAUCUGGACCCACGGCGGAGGAUUCAUCAUGAUGCUCGCGGUCGCAUUGUAUUACUACCCCGCGACGCCACUCUUUGCGACCAUGUCGACCUACGACCGGAUCGUGUUUGGCAUCUUUCUGUUUGCAGCGCUCAAGUGCCUGCUGACCUCAACAAUCUGGCAUACAUUCAACAGCAUCGGCAGCCUGAGCGACAAGCGCCGCUUCGCAUGCGUGGACUACACCGGGAUCUCGAUCCUGAUCGCCUGCUCGAUCCUGACGACGCAGUACACAUCUUUUUACUGCCAGCCCAGCGCGCGCGCGCUCUACAUGGGCACGACCGCUGCUCUUGGUGUCGCCGGCGUGGUGUUUGCAUGGCACCCGGCCUUUGACCGCGCCGAAAACCGCUGGCUGCGCAUCUCCUUCUUUGUCUGUCUCGCGCUCUCGGGAGGGCUCGCGCUUAUUCAUCUGUCGUGGACGCGCGGAAUCAUGAACACGUUGUGGUUUUACCUGCCAAUCACGAAAAGCCUGCUGUGCUAUCUCACCGGCGUCGUCGUCUACGGCUUUCUUUUCCCCGAGCGGCUUUUGCCGGGCUCGAUCUUUGACUGGAUCGGCGCGUCGCAUAAUCUGUGGCACGUCGCGGUCUUGGGCGGGAUUUACUAUCAUUACACUGCCACGCACAAGUUCCUCUCCAACGCGCGGGAGUUCAGUUGCUCGGUUGUUCUGUAUUAA